AUGAGCAAAGCCCAGGAGAUUCCCUUCAAGGGCGAGAGGAACUCCAGCUCUUCGGCUGAGUGGAGUGAUCACAGCUCCUCAUCGAGUUUCUCCUCCCGAUCUUCGUAUAGCGGAAGUGACGACAGCUACAUCCCCGACUGGGAGCCCUUCGUGACCUACGAUGGGCAGCUAUUCUACCUGGAACUCCAUCCGGCAGCGCAAAAUGCCAACAAGGAGCAGAAUGUCGUCAACACUCUGGCUUCCGUCCGGAACGCUUUCGGCCGCGUCAGCACGCGCAGGAGCGCGAGGAGUGCUGGCAUCAGUAAGCUGUCAAAGCUGAUCUCCAGACGCCCAAAGCUGCCCAUGCCGCAGGCGUCCGGUGGGGAGAACAAGGUCACUUUUCGCGAAACUUCCACCGGUCAAGUGAAGGAACUCACGAUUUUGGUGGAUCCUGCGCGUCGCCACAAGUUCGGACGCCGCACAUCCAUCAGCGAAUCCCUCCUGGGCAUCUCCACGUGUCCCUUCCCAGAUGGGGAGCGCGUCAUGGUGGCGGGAUUCUCGUCAGUGCUGCAGAGUGUCAAGGUUGGCGACUGGAUUACGAAGAUUGACGAUCAGGAAGUGACUGUGGCGAACUGGGAGACACUCUUGCUGGCCUAUGACACUCUCAAGGAGGCUGUGCUCACGCUGCAGCAAACCGCCGAUGAGAAGCCCAUUGAGGAGCCCCAGCAGAGCCCGACGAAGUUCUUUAAUCUCUCAAUGAUGGCAAACAAUCUCAGUGUCAUCUUUCCGGGCGUCGUUGAUGAGGAAGAUGAGCUCUUCGCGCUGCUGUACUUGACAAUGAACGGAGAUGUGGGACCAAUCAAUCAGGACACGCUGUUCUGCUACCCGGAGAAGGAGAAGAACAGCUUCUACGCCACCAGAGGCACUUUCCUGACACUCAACUCACUCCUGACCACGGAUUUCCACGCCAGUCCUCAGGUUACAACACUGGACAUCAACGGAAAGAUGUUCCACAUUGUUUACACGCCCUUCAAUGAGGAUCUCAUGAUUGUGGCUCUGUCCACACAGUGUGGCAGUCCGGAGGAGGCUGUGUUUCUCUCCAGAGAGAUUCACAGAGUCCUGGAAUUCUCCUAUCGCGUCCUGCCAAGUGCUUUUGGCGAGGGAAACUCGGCCAGCCUCCGAGAUCUCUGUCAGAUAAUUGAGUGGAGCGUUCGAAUACGCCGCGCGCGCGGCGAUUCCUUCGCUUUCGAGGAGAUCCUGAGGGAAGUGCACCUGGUGCCGCUGCCCAAGGAGGCUCAGCUGAGGAUUGACGAUGCCCUGAGCGAGAUGGAGGCGAUGGACUAUCGCGAGUGGAACUACGAACCGCUGAAAUCGCACCGUGAGUUCUAUAUUUUGGGCAGUGCGGUGUUCUUUAAGGGCUUCCUCCUCGCCAGUCAUCUCCCCGUGGCGGAUUUGAUUGAUCUGAAUGCCUUUCUGCGCCUUCACAGCGUUCCCAAACUCCUCGCGGAGCAGAGUGUGAAGGAUUGCGUUGUGUGGAAGGAAGUCUUCCUCAAGAGUUGCGAUCGCGGAUUGACGGCCAAUGGGAAGAUUUACGGAAUGCCAACAGGACGGUGGUUUCUCAACGUUGUGGCGCGUGGACAAAUGGCUAUUGCUGUCCUGCUGGAGUCCAGAUACGUGGACGCCAGCCAAACUGCCCAGUUCAUCCCACCGUCGCCAUUCUAUGUGGAGGAAAUCCAGGACACACUCGAGCAUCUCCGCAGUGGUGGAAUUGAGACGCUGGCGUCCACCUGGAUCGCCUCCAAUCGGCGUCCGCAGUGCGUCACGAGCACUGUCCGUGAGGAUUAUGCGCAGCCCAGCACUUCGCCCACCAAGAAGAUGGAACUGAUCUCCAUUCUGAAGCGCAAGAGCACGUCCAGUGAGAAUGUCGAUGUGGCUAGCAGUCUGACGCCCAGCGAGGACUCGCAUAAGAAGGACGACGACAGCGAGAGCGAUUGGGAUGGCUUUCCGGACAGCCAGAAGAGCAGCAGUGGCUUUGACAUGUCGGAAACCGAGACGCUGCUCAAGGAAGUGUCUGACAUCAUUCCCAGUCGCCUCACGAGUGGCCACAACAAUGUCCUGCUGCACUUCGUGCAGCUGGAGAUCGGCGAGGGCAUUCUUCUAGCGCCUACGGUGACACACAGUGCCGACCUCGUGCGCGCCUUCAGACAGAGCUGCUUCCUCAUCCACACCGUCCUGCAGAACACCAUCCGCUUCCGCCAGCUGCUCUCGCAGGAGACCAGCAAGCCCAACUCGCACCGCUCGCUGGUGGCCAUCAAGGAGCACGGCGUGCUGCUGAAGAUGAACGCGCUGGAGUUCUGGGUCAUUGGCAGGCUGUUCCUGGCCACCGGCAGGGAGACUUACCUUUGCCACCUGGCCGACGUGCCGCAGAAUCUCGUGGAGAUCGCCUUCAGACUCACGCUGAACGCCGCCGGAUAAUCCGUCCAAGUCUUCCAACUCUGUGGAGUUCAAGUGCAAUUUGUAAUACUCGCUUUUCAGACUUCGCAAAGGUUUUGAGGGUAUUUUUUAAGCAUUCUUUUAGCACCGAAAAUCGUCACAAAAACUUUCCUUUUGCAAUAUAUUUUUAUUUAAUUACAAUUAGGAUAAUUUUAUACAGUGGCGACCAGAGAAAGGAGUCACAUUAACAACUAUUUAAUUGAAUUAAUUUACAAUUUUCAAAUCAAGACUAUGAUUUUUAGACAAUAUAUUCAUCAGUAUUUCUUACGAUUGACAAUGAAUAAAAUG